GUGUCUUUUCCUAGAGGGACGAGCUCUCGAGCUCUCAUUAAAUCUCUGAGUGUCCUGGAGAGAUCAUUUUUUCCCUCUCUGGGUGUCCUUUGUGGCCCAUGAAAAAACAGCUGCCAGAAAGACAAACCUGAGGCAAACAAGUGGAGCUCAAUAUUAUCCUUCCAUCCAUCCAUAAAAAAGAUCUUCCUGAACAUCUAUCAAAGCCAGUUAAAGAUGCAUCCCACCUUUCUCCUGCUCUUGGUGUGUUUUCUGCACGCCAGCAAUCUCCCGGGUGAAAAGGCAACCCCAAAGAAGAGGGCUUGGAGGGCUCCACCCUGUAUACGGUGCUGCGGGCAGGACGAGCAGCCAGCCUCCAUCACUGCUUCCCGAUUCGCACGGAUGACCAGCGAUUCUCGUUAUGCGACCCCUAAGAUCCAGCCCACCAUCGAUAUCCACAUCUUAAAAGGAGAAAAAGGUGAGAUGGGGGAACGAGGCCUUGCAGGGCUCGAAGGCAAAUCGGGUGAGACAGGCCUACAGGGAUCCCAUGGCCAGAAAGGUCAAAAGGGUCAGGUGGGCCCACCCGGCCACUCCUGCAAACAGCAUUACGCUGCCUUUUCAAUCGGACGCAGCAAACCCCUCCACAGUUUGGAUUACUACCAACGGGUCACUUUCGACACGGAGUUCGUCAACCUCUACAAGCAUUUCAACAUGUUUACUGGCAGCUUCUUCUGCUACGUUCCCGGGAUCUACUUCUUCAACCUGAACGUCCACACCUGGAACUACAAGGAGACCUACCUGCACAUCAUGAAGAAUGAAGACCAAGUGGCGAUCCUCUACUCUCAGCCCAGUGAGAGGAGCAUCAUGCAGAGCCAAAGCCUCAUGCUGGACCUCCUGGAAGGAGAUGAGGUCUGGGUACGAAUGUUCAAGCGGGAGCGGGAGAAUGCGAUCUACAGCGAGGAGUCGGACAUCUAUAUUAUCUUCAACGGCCACCUAAUUAAGCCUGCUGUGGAAGGAACUCCAGUCGAAGACUAAAGUAGCAGAGGUGGCUUGUCUACUCUUCAAACGGUGCUUUUGCAUGGACUGCAGCCACAGAGCUGCUUGCCUUGCGCACGGGGACUACGGCUACUCUCCCGGCCAACUCACCACAGCCAACUCGCCACGGCCAGCUCACCACAGACAAUUUGCCAUGGCCAACUCACCAUGGCCAACAUACCAUGGCCAACUCACCACAGCCAACUCACCACAGCUAACUCACCAUGGCCAACUCACCAUGGCCAACAUACCAUGGCCAACAUACCAUGGCGAACUCGCCACAGCCAACUCGCCACGGCCAACUCACCACGGCCAACUCGCCAUGGCCAACUCACCACGGCCAACUCAUCACGGCCAACUCGCCACGGCCAACUCACCAUGGCCAACUCACUACGGCCAGCUUGCUACGGGAAAACUUGCAGCAGGUCAAGAGUUACAUUAAUAUCAAAUAUAUGGUGGAAUAAAAUAAUAAUUAAAUUAUUAAUAUACUUUAAAAUAAUUGAAUCGAAUUGUUGAAUUGUCCUGCAGCGAGUUAUCCUCUGCUGAAUUGGCCACGGUGAGUUGUCCUAUUCUGUGCUCAGGGCCCCAGUGGAAUUAACGUAUAAAUAGGUGCUACUAGGCUUACGACUUUUCCCAGUGUUGUGAUGGAGAGAAAAUCCCAGAUCUCUGGGAUCCUGCUGAAUAGUUCUCACAAAACGGGUGCCAGGGGGGAGAUUUUGCACAUUCCCCCAGCGUCUAAGACCAAUUACAAAAGACUUCUUGACCAGAAGACAAAUUAAUAAGGCUGACCAUCCCCACCACUUUAAGGACUCCAUCCAUCACUUCUCAGAAUACUUGACCCUCCUUUGAGGCAGAGUAUAUGCUUCAAAGAAAAGAAGGGGGUGGGGAUCCAAAAAAGAGUCAUGUGCCAUUUUAUUUCCUAAGAUUACUUCUUGGCUUCCUGGGGUUCAGAGACAUCCUUGGGAAUUAGAAUGAUGGCAUGAUAUGCAUGAUAAACGUAGCCCUCAAUUUAUGACCAAUCAUUAUUGGUUAUGAUUAUCAUUAAUGAUUAUCAUUAUGAUCAUUAUCAUUAUGAGUAUUUGAAUAGCAGACUUGUUAGAGUUGGAAGGGACCUUGGAGGUCUUCUAGUCCAACCCCCUGCCCAGGCAGGAAACCCGGUACCAUUCCAGACAAGUGACUGUCCAGUCUCUCCUUGAAAUCCUCCAGUGAUGGAGCACCCACAAUUUUUUGUUUGUUUGUUUACAUUUAUAUCCCGCCCUUCUCCGAAGACUCAGGGUGGCUUACAGUGUGUAAGGCAAUAGUCUCAUUCUAUUUGUAUAUUUACAAAGUCAACUUAUUGCCCCCUCAACAAUCUGGGUCCUCAUUUUACCUACCUGAUAAAGGAUGGAAGGCUGAGUCAACCUUGGGCCUGGUGGGACUUGAACCUGCAGUAAUUGCAGGCAGCUGUGUUUAAUAACAGGCUUCUUACAGCCUGAGCCACACCGCGGCCCUUUCUGAAUUUCUGAAGGCAACUUCUGUUCCGCUGGUUAAGAGUUCUGACUGUCAGGAAAUUUCUCCUUAGUUCUAGGUUGCUUCGCUCCUUGAUUAGUUUCCAUCCAUCGUUUCUUUUUCUUGACUUCAGGUGCUUUGGACAAUAGAAUACAGAAUAACUGAACUGGAAGAGACCUUGGAGGUCUUCUAGUCCUAAUCUGUGUUCUCCUUUUGUUCAUGAACUGGAUCUGUAAUCAAUAUUAUUGAACAGGGAUUCAUGAGGUGCUUAAA